AAGAGAGAUGGAUACGGGAUGAUGUUUGAACAUCACAGCAUGUAGGUCGCAUUGCUGUGAGGACUGUUGAAGCACCACAAAGUCCCAGUCGUUUUUCUUCCUGAGCCCGUUCACCAAAAGCCGCAAUCAUGGAUGCCAUUAAAAAGAAAAUGCAGGCGAUGAAGUUGGAGAAGGAUAAUGCAGCAGAUAAAGCUGAUACCUGUGAAGGACAGGCAAAGGACGCCAACCUCCGUGCCGACAAAAUUAAUGAAGAAGUCCGUGAUUUGCAAAAGAAGUUAAUUCAAAUUGAAGUUGACCUUACCACCACCAAAAACAACUUAGAAAAGGCCAACAAGGAACUCGAAGACAAAGACAAAGCUCUCACUAAUGCCGAAUCUGAAGUAGCUUCACUUAACCGUAAAGUCCAACUUAUUGAAGAAGAUCUUGAACGCUCAGAAGAACGUUUAGGAACCGCAACCACCAAACUUACAGAAGCUUCCCAAGCCGCUGAUGAAAGCACACGUAUGUGCAAAGUAUUGGAAAAUCGUUCCCAACAAGAUGAAGAACGUAUGGACCAAUUAACCAACCAAUUAAAAGAAGCCCGUCUCUUGGCUGAAGAUGCUGACGGAAAAUCUGAUGAAGUUUCACGUAAGUUGGCCUUCGUUGAAGAUGAACUUGAAGUAGCUGAAGAUCGUGUAAAGGGUGGUGAUGCCAAGAUCAUGGAGUUGGAAGAAGAAUUGAAAGUAGUCGGAAACUCAUUGAAAUCAUUGGAAGUUUCUGAAGAAAAAGCCAACCAACGAGUAGAAGAAUUCAAGAGACAAUUAAAAACAAUCACUGUUAAACUAAAGGAAGCUGAAGCUCGCGCUGAAUUCGCAGAAAAGACUGUCAAGAAAUUACAAAAUGAAGUUGACAGACUUGAAGAUGAAUUGGGUCUUAACAAAGACAGAUACAAGAGUCUUGCCGAUGAAAUGGAUUCCACAUUCGCUGAAUUGGCUGGUUAUUAAAUUCUUUUUAAAUCUUUGUCUUUUAUGGUUUGAGGGAGAAGAAUUAUAUUGGGAUAACCUCAGCAAGCAAUCAUUAUGCACUACAUAAUAUA